AUGGGCGACAUCUCAUCUCUAGUUCCGCAGUCUGCGAUCAAGACCGGUCUGGCACAGAUGCUCAAGGGCGGCGUGAUUAUGGACGUGAUCAACGCGGAGCAGGCACGGAUUGCAGAGGAAGCGGGUGCUUGUGCAGUCAUGGCACUCGAACGUGUACCAGCUGACAUACGAGCACAGGGCGGUGUGGCUCGAAUGUCAGACCCUGCUCUGAUCAAAGAGAUCCAAGCUGCUGUCACGAUACCAGUGAUGGCCAAGGCUCGAAUCGGACAUUUUGUCGAGUGUCAAAUACUGGAGGCUUUAGAUGUCGACUACAUUGAUGAGAGCGAGGUGCUUACUCCUGCCGAUGAGAAGUUUCAUGUUGAGAAAUGUACCUUUAGGGUGCCGUUUGUGUGUGGGUGUCGAGAUUUGGGUGAGGCACUCAGAAGAAUGGCAGAAGGAGCAGCGAUGAUCCGGACUAAAGGGGAGGCGGGAACUGGGGACGUGGUGGAAGCAGUGAAGCAUAUGAGAUUGCUGAACGAACAAGUUGCCAGAGCAAAGGCAGUUCUGGCGGAAGGGGGAGAGCGUGCACUUCGAGCCAUGGCAAGAGAGAUAGAAGUCGACGCUGAGCUCCUGAAGCAGACGGCCAUAUUGGGAAGACUCCCAGUCGUCAACUUUGCAGCAGGAGGAGUGGCGACCCCGGCUGAUGCAGCGUUGAUGAUGCAGUUGGGAUGCGAUGGUGUCUUUGUGGGAAGCGGUAUUUUCAAAUCGGGAGACGCCCCAAAGCGUGCAAAAGCUAUCGUGCAAGCAACGACUCAUUACCAAGACGCGGCGGUGCUCGCUGAGUGCAGUACUGGUCUUGGAGAGGCCAUGGUUGGAAUCAAUUGUGCAAGUCUGAGCAGCCGCGACAAGAUUGCCGGUAGAGGUUGGUAA